AUGGCAGCUGUGAACUGCCAUUUCUUCAAGCUAUCACGACAUCUCAAACCCUCAAGGCCUUCCUUUACCUGCUCCGCGUCUCAGCCUUCACAAAACAACAUCAAAGUUAUCAUAAAUGGAGCAGCAAAGGAAAUCGGAAGAGCGGCCGUGGUUGCUGUCACUAAAGCUAGGGGAAUGGAGUUAGCUGGUGCUGUCGAUAACCAUUUUGUUGGCGAAGAUAUUGGCUUGCUAUGUAACAUGGAAGAGCCUUUAGAGAUACCUGUCGUGAGUGAUCUAACAAUGGUCUUAGGCUCAAUAUCUCAGGGAAAAGAAGUCGGAGUUGUGAUCGACUUUACAGACCCAUCAACAGUAUACGAGAAUGUAAAACAGGCAACGGCAUUUGGGAUGAAGAGUGUGGUGUAUGUACCUCGGAUUAAGCCAGAGACCGUAUCAGCUUUAUCUGCACUAUGUGACAAGGCCACCAUGGGAUGCCUUGUAGCACCAACUCUGUCCAUAGGAGCUAUACUUCUCCAACAAGCUGUGAUCAUGGCCUCCUUCCACUACAACAAUGUAGAACUCGUGGAGUCAAGGCCUAAUGCAGCGGACCUUCCUUCACCAGAAGCUAUACAAAUUGCAAACAACAUUUCAAACCUUGGUCAGAUCUACAACAGAGAGGAUAGUUCAACUGAUGUUCAGGCAAGAGGUCAAGUAAUCGGAGAAGACGGGGUUCGUGUUCACAGUAUGGUUCUACCAGGACUUCCAUCUAGUACACAAGUCUAUUUCUCAAGUCCAGGAGAUGUUUACACUGUCAAACAUGACAUAAUUGAUGUAAGGUCCCUAAUGCCUGGCCUACUCCUAAGUAUCAGAAAGGUGGUACGUCUCAAGAAUUUGGUUUAUGGCCUCGAGAAAUUCCUCUAG